AUGGAUACUCACACUUUCAAUGCUAGUACAGAGUUCAUCUUGGAGGGACUCUCCAGUGACCGCAAGACACAGAUUCUACUCUUCGUGGUCAUUCUCCUCAUCUAUAUAUUUACCCUUGUGGGGAAUGCAGGCAUCAUCAUGUUGGUACGGACAAACUCUCACCUCCACACGCCCAUGUACUUUUUUCUUUCACACCUUUCAGGUGUGGAGAUCUGCUAUGUCAACACCACCAUCCCCCAGAUGCUUGCUCACCUUCUAGCGGGUCAUGCAGGACUGUCUUUAAUCCAUUGUGCAUUGCAGACGUACACCACUUUGGCACUGGCUGCUGCUGAAGUUCUUCUGCUGGGUGUUAUGGCCUAUGACCGUUACUUAGCCAUCUGCCAUCCCCUGGUAUAUGCCACUGCUAUGGGAAGGCAGCACCAGUUCCAGCUUGCCUCAUCCUGCUGGAUAGGUGGAUUUUGUGUUGCAACAGUAGGUGUGAGCCUCACUUUUAGCCACCCCUACUGUGGCCCUUGCUGCGUCAACCAUUUUAUCUGUGAGAUACCAAUGGUGUUGAGGCUUGCAUGCGAUGACACCCAUAUUACAGAAAUCAUCAUUUUUUUAAUUGCAGCAAUGGUCCUCUUUUGCCCUCUUUCAGUUAUCUUGACUUCUUAUGGGCUCAUUCUGUUGUCUUUGUUCCAAAUGCGGUCAGCUAGUGGAUUGCGCAAGGCCUUCUCCACAUGUGGCUCCCAUCUUGCAGUGGUCAGCAUGUUCUACGGCAUUGCCACUUCUGUCUACAUUGUACCACGGACAGGAGCAUCUCUUGAUAAUCAGAAGUUGGUUGCUGUGUUUUAUGUUGUGGUCACCCCGCUUCUGAACCCUAUCAUAUACACUUUGCGGAACAGGGACAUCCAUGAGGCGCUGGCCAAAGUGCAACAACAAUGGCGAUUUCAGUAA